GUUUUUAUUGCAAUUUCAUUAUUCUUUCUCAGCCCUGGUAUUAAGCAUUAUUUUACCAUUUUCUUUUCAUGACUCCUGAUGGAAUUUUACAAGCUCUCCAUGUAUGAACCAGGAAGACACCUCCAUGCUUUUUGGGAAGAGAACCAGAGAUACAGCAAACAAUGGUUUGUUGUGGAGCAGCAGUGGGAGCCCGCUGCAUCUUUCUGUACCAGCCGCAGAGUACCUCAGUGAAAGCCCAAUACAGUUUGGCCAAAUCAACCCCAACAUUGCAUCAAAUUUCAUCAACACCUUACACCAGGAUUUAGUCCUCUCCUUCCCUCCUGGCUUCCCUCCCUCCUGCUCUCCCUCGGUGCCAUUGCCUUUUACUAUGUCUCACGGCACCACCACCCUGGCCUUCAUCUUCCAGGGAGGAGUGAUAGCGGCAGCAGACACUCGUUCCAGCUGCAACGGGCUGGUUGCCUGCCCAGCUUCUCAAAAGAUCCUGCCCGUCCACUCCCACUUAGUGGGCACCACGUCGGGCACAUCCGCCGACUGUGCCCUCUGGAAAAGGAUUUUGGCUCGGGAACUCCGGCUUUACCAGCUCCGUCACGGCAGGAGGCUGUCCACAGCUGGUGCUGCCAAGCUGCUGGCCCACAUGUUGCACCCGUUUAAGGGCACUGAGUUGUGUGUGGCGGCCACCCUGUGUGGCUGGGAUGGAGGAGAGAGUGUUACACAUUCACCUGAGCCUGGCAGCCAAAGGUUGGAUCAAAAGAAGAGCAGCCAUAUAAUAACAAAUGAAACAGAAAAUCCAGCAUGUGAAUCCAUCUCUCCAGCAGAGUUAAUGGGAACUAGUCAGCGCCUCUCACCAGCCAGAAAUGCGCAACGAUGCUCUUCUGGAGCUACUAAGGGGCCCUCAGGGCCCAGCUUGUAUUAUGUUUGCAGUGAUGGGACUCGCCUGCAGGGAGAGCUAUUCUCUGUGGGCUCCGGCUCGCCCUAUGCCUACUCUGUGCUGGAUGGAGGGGUGCGGUGGGGGCUGACAGUGGAGGAGGCCACCUCCCUGGCCCGGCAGGCUGUGUACAGGGCCACACACAGAGAUGCCUACUCUGGAAACUGUGUAGAUGUGUACCAUAUCACCUCCAAAGGCUGGGCACGCAGGGACAGAGAGGAGCUGAGAGAGGAAUAUUACAGAGAGAAGGAGCAAGAGAGAGUUAAGGUAAAGGAGAGAAAGGAGCGACAGGAAAAGGAAAAUGGGAAAUCAGUGACCUGAAGGAGAAGAGGAAAAAGUUAAAACCCAAAACCUGUAGUGGACGAAUAACUGUACCCUUCAGGGUAUUAGUGAUAUUUUUGGUAGACCUAAUUUAUUAUUAUUUACAUGUAGUACACUUUUAAAACAAGCCAAUUACAACCAAGGUUCCAAAAAAGUUGGGAA